AUGUCUUUUCAAUCCCACGAAGCUGCCGAAUACUUAGAAAACCUUCUAGCUUCCACUGGAAACCGGGAAGUCGAAGGUUACUUAACCACACCUCAGUUAAGCAAUGUGCCCUCGGUUUCGUUUCCAAACGUACAUUAUAAUAAUAUGGCUUCAGUAUUCGCUGCAAACAACGCCUUAAGGGGCAGUACAUCAAUUAUUUCAAAUCAUGAUAAUUCUCAACAAUCAUCCAACCAAAUAACGCAUAUUCAACCUUCAGCUUAUGAUAUAAACAACAUUCCUUCCUCUUUGGAUCCUUUAUUUAAUUUAAGCAGUGUAAUAGGCAGUGGUAUGGGAAACAUCGCAUCUGAUAGUGGAUCAGGCGUUUCGGCAAGUUCUUCUACAGGUUUGCAAUCUAUGAUGCCUCAAGUUUUAAGUCAAAUCCCACCACCUCCGGUAACAGCAACCACAGUAGCUGGCGUCACUACCAACUUUCCCGGAUUAUAUUCUAGCACAGGAUUCGAUAUGCUUGGAGUUUUGGCUCGCGUUGCUUCAAGGCCAAAUCCACAAAUCAAUAUAGGCCCUGUUGAUAUGAGUUGUUCAUUUUUAGUGGUUGAUGCCCGUAAAUAUGAUUUUCCAAUUGUAUAUGCCAGUCAUACAUUCGAAAAGUUAACUGGGUAUUCCAACUCGGAAAUUAUUGGGCGAAAUUGUCGAUUUUUACAAGCUCCGGAUGGACAUGUUGCUCUCGGAUCGCGUCGUCGUUAUACCGACAAUAACGCGGUUUAUCAUAUCAAAAGUCAUAUGGUCGCCGGAAAGGAAUGUCAGGCAUCUAUUAUCAACUAUAGGAAAGGUGGACAACCAUUUAUCAAUUUGGUAACCGUAAUACCUAUUACUUGGGAUAGUGAAGAAAUUGUAUAUUUUGUUGGCUUCCAAGUGGACUUGGUCGAGCAGCCAAAUGCGAUAUUAGAAAAAAUGAAGGAUGGCACAUACGUUGUAAAUUAUUCUUUGAUGAACUUACCUCAAUAUAUUCCUCCAAGUGGUGCACUUAUGGGUGAAUCUAAUGUCGAAGAUUAUUUCCGGGACAGUGCUAUGCCGUUCCCUGCUUCACCGGAAGUAUUUGAAUUAAUUGGGGGAAAUGCGGAUACUGAAGGUAGCAAACGGAUGUGGAAUAAGAUGUUAUUAGAGCAUUCAGAUGAUUUUAUUCACGUUUUAUCAUUAAAAGGCAUAUUUCUUUAUUGUUCGCCGAGUUGUAGGAGAAUAUUAGAGUAUGAUACAAAUGAUCUAUUGGGUAGUAGUCUUUCAACAAUAUGUCAUCCAAGUGAUAUUGUACCAGUUAUGAGAGAAUUGAAGGAAUCUUCAAAUGGUGCAGAGUCAGUAAAUCUUGUUUACCGUAUUAGACGUAAAAAUUCAGGAUAUAUGUGGUUUGAAGCACAUGGAAAAUUACAUUUAGAACAAGGUAAAGGAAGGAAAUGUGUGAUACUUUCAGCUCGUGAAAGGUCGGUUUAUAAACUACAGUGGAAAGAUUUACAAACAUUUGGGGGGAUAUCGGAUCAAGAAUUUUGGGCAAAAUUAUCCGUGGAUGGAUUGUUUUUAUAUGCAUCUUCAACAUGCCAAUGUUUAUUAAAUUUUACAUCAGAAGAAUUAGUAGGGACUUCAUUAUAUCAUUAUGUUAGAUCUGAUCGUACAACUGAUAUAACAAGAAGUUUAACAGCUGCAAGAGAUGGAAAUGCUCAUAGCUUUAAACAUCACAUCCAAAAAAAGAAUGGUCAAUACGUUGAAGUUCUAACAACAUUUUAUCCGGGAGAUUCUAUUAAUACAAAUAAUAAACCAUCAUUUGUUAUUUGUCAAACAAAAGAAGUUGCACCUGAAAUUAGACGUCGUUCUAUUUCAGUAUCACCCGCUCAGUCUUCACCUACAUCGGCAGGUUCUCCCGAUGGGGCUUCCUCAAUUUCCUCUGGAGGUUCUACACCAUCUCCAUCUAUACAUUUAAGAAAUGCAUCAAUCGAACACCAACCUACUGAUAAUAUCUUCGAAGAAUUAGAUACGACCAGAAGUACAAGUUGGCAAUAUGAAUUACAUCAAAUGAGACUAACGAAUAAAAGAUUACGUGAAGAAUUAGAAACUAUUAAACACUCAAAGAAGAAAAGGAAGAAGCGAAGUGCAUCUUCUUCAAACAAGGUAUGUCAUCAUUGUCAACGAAAAGACUCGCCCGAAUGGCGGAAAGGGCCCGAUGGUCCGAAAACUUUAUGCAACGCUUGUGGUUUACGUUAUGCAAAACAAAUGAAUGCACAAUUUAAUGGUCCACGAUCACCAUCUGCUUCACCGAAAAUAAAACCUAGCGUGGUAUAA